GAGUGCUCAGUUGCGUUUUGUAAGCGCAUAAGUCAAGUUGACUAUUAGUUGAGUGACGGCAACGGUGCCGCAGUUCGGGAAAAGCAAAUACGAGUACGCGAAAUGUUCUAGCCGCACAAGAACGCCAAAGAAGCGUAAGACGAAAACAGAAGUCAACAAGAUCGGCGAUCUUGCCUAAGUAAAUAAGUGAUUGUUUAAAUACCCGCAUUUCAAAUUCGUUCAUCAAGUGCUCAACGGCGUAAAACAGUUUCGUUUUCAUUUGAACUCGCUGAAAGUGUCACAAUGCACCUCUUAGGCUUAACUUGUUGUCUGCUGCUGCUGGGCGUCCAUGCAUGCUAUGCACACCGCGCACCGGGAUCUAGAAACUUUACCGUUGACUGGGAUAAUGAUCGUUUCCUGAAGGAUGGCAAGUCAUUUCGCUUUAUAGCCGGCUCGUUUCAUUACUUUCGCGCACAUCCUGAUAGUUGGCAACGCAAGUUGCAGACAUUGCGCGCUUCCGGCUUGAAUGCGGUGACCACUUAUGUCGAAUGGUCACUGCAUAAUCCGAAAGAUGGCACAUACGUCUGGAAUGGCAUUGCCGACUUGGAGAGAUUCAUCAAAGUGGCCGAUGAGUUGGGCCUACUUGUGAUAUUACGUCCGGGCCCUUAUAUUUGCGCUGAACGAGAUUUUGGGGGCUUCCCUUAUUGGCUGCUCACUAAGUAUCCCAAUAUAAAACUGCGUACAUCUGAUGUCAACUACUUGUUUGAGGUGCGUACUUGGUACAAUGCGCUCUUCAAUAAACUCAAGCCAUACCUCUACGGAAAUGGUGGUCCAAUUAUUAUGGUCCAAGUGGAAAAUGAGUAUGGUUCCUAUUAUGCUUGUGAUAAAAAAUACCGCACUUGGUUGCGUGAUGAAACACUCGUACAUGUGCAGGACAAUGCCGUGCUCUUUACUAAUGACGGUCCGAGCGUACUGAGUUGCGGUCACAUAGAAGGUGUGUUAGCAACCAUGGACUUUGGUGCAACAAAUCAGAUAAGUAGUUAUUGGGCACGAUUGCGACAGAUACAACCAAAAGGACCGUUGGUUAAUGCGGAAUUCUAUCCAGGUUGGCUCACGCAUUGGUCAGAACCAAUGGCGCGUGUGCGUACUGAGGCGAUUUCAAAAUCAUUCAUUGAGAUGUUGGAUGUUGGUGCCAGCGUUAAUUUUUACAUGAUGUUCGGUGGAACUAAUUUUGGCUUUACCGCAGGCGCUAAUGACGGUGGUCCCGGUCGUUAUCAACCCGAUAUCACUUCAUAUGAUUAUGAUGCGCCAAUGAGCGAGGCAGGCGAUGCCACGGAAAAAUAUCAUAAAUUACGUGAAAUUAUCGGACGUUAUUUACCGCUACCGAAUAUACCGAUACCACCGCCGACCGCAAAGAAAAAUUACGGUACUAUACGUUUGAAUGCCUGCUGUUCGAUGCUUUCAGCGAAGGGGCGGGAAAUACUUUCGACUGGUGUUGUCGUCGAUACAAAGCCGAAAACUUUUGAAGCGCUCGAUCAGUAUUCGGGUUUUGUGCUCUAUGAAACUGUGCUACCCACGUUCAAACGUGAUCCUACCAUCUUACGCGCUAGUGGCGUACAUGAUCGCGCGUAUGUGUUUAUCGACGAUCAAUUGGUGGGCAUACUUUCACGUGAGACACCCAUCUAUGAGCUUCCCAUCAGUCCAACCUACGGCAGGCGUUUGCAAUUAUUGGUGGAGAAUCAGGGACGCAUUAAUUUUGGGCCGGUAACGGACUUUAAGGGUAUCACCAGUAAUGUUAUGCUCGACAAAGACAUAUUGACCAACUGGACCAUGACCAAGUAUCCACUGGAAUCGGUUGAGGAUAUUGAAACGCUGAUAGCCUUGGUAAAUGCUGACGACGUCAAUGUUAUACGUCGCUUUCACGAAGAAAAGGGCGGUAACAUCUUACCUAGUGGUCCAACUAUUUACUAUGGACAGUUAACCAUUCCUGACGGGCAAGUAGCCGAUACGUACUUAGAUACGAAAGGUUGGGGUAAAGGAUUGGUGUUUAUUAAUGGCGAAAACUUGGGUCGCUAUUGGCCGGUGGCAGGUCCACAGGUGACUCUCUACGUGCCCCAGGAAGUACUUAAGAGCGGCGACAAUCGCAUUGUGCUCAUCGAAUAUCAACGUACAGCUCCAGCCAAUGAGAUAACCUUCACUGACACACCAAAUUUGGAUGGUCAUUAAAUAGUUACUCAGAACGUAAAGUGGUGAUUUUUUUAUCUAUAUUAGUAGAUUAUAUAACUUUACUUUUAAUCGAUGGCAAUAAAGGACUUU